AAACUACAAGGCCCUAUUAGGGAUUAGAAAAAUUAUCUACUGGGUGAGUGAGUAGAGUAAGCCCUCCAAAACCAAAAAAAGCAGGAUGUAGGCUACUUUCUCAUACAGAAAAGCAGCACCGGCCAAAAUAAAGAAAGCCCCUUCGCAGUCAUACGUCUGAAAUGGGAACGAGCAGCCUGCAUCGCUGGAGGAGAAGAGAAGAAACGGAGGCAAACAUCCCAGCUGUGUCCAACAAGCAGUGAGCGGCGCGGCCACGCUACAGGAAGCAGUAGCCUCCGGUGAUAAAUAGGAGCCCCGGCAGCACAGGAUGCGUGCGGGGUGAGCUUGGCGAGCUGAGGGGAUGUGAGGCAGUGUCCGUCCGUCCGUCCAACCGGCGGGAUGGCUGCGGCCCUGCUGCUGCUGCUGCCGCUGCUGCCGGUGGUGUGGAGCGAGAACGUCGAGGUGCUCUGCGCCGGCACCGCCUGCUACACGCUGCACCGGGAUGAGCUGGGCUGGAACGGCGCCCAGGAGCGCUGCCAACACAACGGCGGUAACCUGGCUCCGGCAGGCAGCGCGGCUGAGGCCGAGCGGCUGGGGCAGCUGAUGGCAGCCAGCGCGGCCGGCGCAGCCUGGAUCGGGCUGCGGCUGGAGCGUGGCCACUGCAUGCAGCCCCAGGAGCCGCUGCGGGGCUUCACCUGGGUGGCCGGUGGGGAGCCCGGCAACUACUCGGCCUGGCUGGCCGAGCCCCAGGUCACCUGCCUCAGCACCCGCUGUGUCACCCUGCAGCCCGCAGGCCCCGACAGGACCCUGGGCUGGGUCGACCGCUCCUGCCGUGCCACGCUGCCUGCCUUCCUCUGCAAGUUCAGCUUCCAGGGGAUGUGCGGGCCCCUGUGGCUGGGGGGCCCUGGCCGGGUCAGCUACGUGACACCCUUUGGGGUGCGCAGCCCCCGGCUGGUGGCAGCCCCCUUUGGCACGCUGGUGGAGGCAGUGUGCGAGGGGGCCAAGGACCCAGCCUUCACCCUCUGCAAGGGGCCGCUGGAGGGGGGCGGCUUCGCCUGGCACCCCCCCGGGCCCCUCUGCCCUGCCGGCUGUGCCCACAGCAAUGGGGGCUGCCAGCAGCUGUGCCUGGAAGAGCCGGGGCAGCCCCUGCGAUGCGCUUGCCAGCCCGGCUACGUCUUGGGCCCCGACAUGGCCUCCUGCCUGCUGGAGGACGCCUGCCACUCCAACCCCUGCCAGGGGUCCUGCCAGCCCCGGCCCGGAGGCUUCGAGUGCAUCUGUGAGACCGGCUACGUCCUGGCACCCGACGGCCGCCGCUGCCUGGACGUGGAUGAGUGCCUGGAGGGGCCCUGCCAGCACGAGUGCCACAACACAGCCGGCAGCUUCACCUGCACCUGCCAGCCCGGCUACCGGCUGACAGGGCCGGGUGGCCGCCACUGCCACGAUGAGGAUGAGUGCGCCCAGCCUGGCACCUGCCCCCAGCUCUGCCUCAACCUCCCUGGCUCCUUCCAGUGCGCCUGCCGACCUGGCUACCAGCCUGGUGGCGACGCCUGCCUGGAUGUGGACGAGUGCCUGCGGAACCCCUGCCCUGGGCCCUGCCGCAACCUGCCUGGGAGCUUUGAGUGCCUCUGCCCACCCGGCUUCCUCCCACAGGAGGAUAGACAUGGCUGCCGCGCCACCCCCACCGCCAGAGAGGAGCCUGCAGGCACCCCAGAGACCACCAGCAUCCUCCAAACAGCAGGCGCCUCGUGGACCACGAGCACUCGCAGCCCUUCUGCCACUCCUAGCAGGAUGAUGCUGCCAGCCCCCACAGCACUGGGGUCGGAUCACAGCCCCGAGCACGGCGCCGACGGCCCCCGGCUGCUCCUCUACUACAUCCUGGGCAGCCUGGUGGCCAUCCUGGUGCUGCUGGCCUUAGCCCUGGUCAUGCUGGCCUGCAGGAAGAGGGUAGCCAAGCGGGAGAAGCAGCCAGCCAAAAGUGCAGCGGACAACUACUGCUGGGUGCCCGAGCAGCCGGAGAGCCAUGGCGGGGCGGGCGGCGAGCGCAGGUAACAGCGCCCGCGCCUCCAGGGGAGCAGGGAUGUGGAGCUGCAAGUGCCAAGGAGUGUGUUUUGCAAAGGGGGAAAAAAAAGGGGGGGAAGGAGAGGGGUGAUGCUAUCUGUCCAAGAUGAUUUUGCAUGCCUUCACAUCUGAAAGCCAGUCUUGGGGCUUCAGAGAAGGCAGGACCUGAUUCUCUUUCAGAAAAGGCAGGUCUGGGAGUCAGAUGCACAGAUAUGGAGGCAGCCAAAAUCAUUCCUUACGGCAAAAGGUCUGGAACAUUAGCUGAUUUAUAAACCUCUGCUCCUUGAAGUAAAGGGUUAAUAGGGAAUAGACAGGUUUAGAUGGGAUGGGGUUGCAAUUACCUGCCCAGGUUGCUCUUCAGCUCUGCAAAACCCAACUGGGCUUAAAAAUAUCAAAUGUGAAACGUUGAUUUGGCUUCCAAAGGAAAAGCAAUUAAUUUCCUGUGUCAUUUGGUCUCCCCUGCUUAUACUUAAAAUGCAGGCAUGCAAAAGCAGCAGUUUCCCUGCUGCCCUCCCAAUCUUUUGUCAUUCCAAAAAAAAAAAUGCUAGUGUACCCCCCCACCUUCUCUACACAGCAACAGAAAUCUGCUGUUCAACCCCCAUCUUCCCCUUGUUCUCAUUGAAACGGGUUUCAAAUUCUUAAGUGUUUUACUAAGGCAAGAAUCGGUAACUGCAGCCACAAGCAGUUAGUUUUUGUUGAUGUUUUUUUCCUUUUCUUUUUUCCUUCUAAAACGUAAUUACAGAAGUAAUCAAGUAAUUGAAUUAACCUUUUUAGAACUCCAGCAGCAGAAACCUCCUCCAGCAGAGCAGGGACUGUAAGGGCAGUGGAGCUCUUCAGCCCCACACUGCUCCCCAGAGCCGUACACACACCUGUGUGGUUGCACCGCGUUUGGAGGAGUGAGAUAGUGAUGCUCCCUCCCAAAGCAUCAGACCCCCUAAGGAUGGGAGCUUAACCACCUUGCUGAGCUUGAGAGGUACAAGCCUGCAGGAAAGCUGCAGAAUCAGGCCUUUCGGACAAGGGGCCAAGACAGAGAGCAUAAGAUAAAAAGGUAGGAGAAACUAUAUUUAGGAAGAACCAUUCACCCAUUUGCAGUGUAUUCUAAGUAAACAUACUUGCAAAAUACACAAAACAAUGCUCUCCUUCAAACACAGCCAGACAAAAGACCAGACUUUUCCUGUUGUAUCAUAUUUUUUUGGGCAGGAUUCGUUCCUGAUUGCUUGGGCUAAGCUUGUGUGGGGCCCAGCCUGAAUGUUUUUUCCAUCCUUCUCCCUGUAAACAAUGCACUGGAUGUUGUAUGUUUGCUAACUAAUGUAUAAAGCUUCCAAUUCCCCUUCAAAGCAAAUGCUCUCUCAGGGUAAAGCUGCUCCCCAGUCUGUUUCAGUGCUGCAAGGCAGAGGGAAGGUGCAUCUCCCUUUGGGUUUGCAUUCCCUGUGAAGCAGCAAGGGCAGAAGGAGCUGCUGGCCUCGCUGCCAGCUCACAGGGAAAUGCAGGCACCCGCUGCAGCACCACAAAGACCUGACUGCUGUGCUUUGGGGAGCAGUCCUCUUCAUUUCGGUGGGACUUGAUGCAAGCAAGCACCUUUCACCUGAGCAGGAGGGAGGCAUCACACAGCCUGUACCAAUGGUACAGCCUCCAGACAGGACAGGAAGAUUUUUCCUGGCUUGCUCCAUGCUUUACUAGAGAUCAAACUGUAGGCUUGCUCCCUUGGAGGAAAGGGAAUUCUGUAGGUUUGAAAACAGUCUCAAGUGAGCACCGGCAUCACUACAAAACACUGCCUUGGUUCAACAGCAGUACAUCUCCCAGGGCAAGCAUGGCUAGAUAGUUUCCUUACGUACUGCAGCAACCCAGCGCUCUACAAGGCAAAAAGGUGCUAAAGAAUAAGCAUGUGAUUUGAAGGGUACAUAAGUUUCCUGAAGAUUUCGCUGUUUUUAUUGUAUACUUGAGGCUUAAUUGCAACAGAAAUGGGAACUGAACACAAAGGAUUUUGCUGUGGGCAGCGACCUGCAUCCUGUUCUUCCGUGUGUGGAAGAAACCCCUUUCCUGCUGUUUUUAAUUCUUCAUUUCUCCAUUGUAAAAUAAAAAAACAGGAAAAUGUAGCUCCUAGUUGAUAGAAAUGUUUUUUUAAUGUUCUGUUCAUGCUUCCUUUUCUCUGCAUAGUGGUUCAGAGAAGUAGUGAAUGCAGCAGUGGCAUUCUUGGAAGUCCUGCAAAAAAUUCAUACCAUGUCUUUGUUGUGACAACAAGCCAGCAGAGCAUUUGGAAUACAUGAAUAAAUUAAGCAAAUGAAUAAUCCUACUGAAAUCAGUGGGACAACCUACAUACAUAAAAUUAAGCCUGCACGGUCAGGCGAUGCUAACUCAGGGUCUGCAUAGGGAAGAGGCAGUCACAGCGGUGCACCCCACAGUUUGGGGACUGCUUGGCUUGCUUGAUCAAAAGCUGAGGUGUUCGCAAAACCUUGAUAGCCUUGGGAGUUUUUCUGCCAUAUUUUUCAAUUACAGUAUCCAUUAAUUGUUGUAGGUAGCACACUGAUUCCACCCUGAAAAAGGGAAGAGGAAGCAUGAGUAGAGACUCGGAGCUGGUAAAAAUCUGAGAGUUAUUUAUUCCAGAACCCCCUCAGUAAAACCUAUAAUCCUGAUUCCUGCUACAGACUUUUGUAUUCUGAUGUGUGUACUGUAUUACCAAUGGAGUGUUGUAGUGGGUCCAGCAGAGGGAAAACACUAAUUUGUGCCUAGGUUUAGGUCAGGUUCUCUCAGGUGAGAUUAUUUCCUGAUGUAGCUUCCUUCCCCACGUGCCAUUACACCUGGGUAACCUCCCAUCUACCUGCUUUCCUCUGUGAAAGCAGCAGGAAUGUUUCGGUCCUCAUCAGGGAGUUAUCCAGGGCCUGGUGAAAACCACGGGCUAAAGCAAAUAGAAAUGGGAUCAGACAGUUUGGUACCCCUAGCAUAGAGUCAGAAGAGAGGGGAUGUUCAGCAUCAUCAUUCCAUCUGUAUAAAUGAGGUUUAAUGGUCAGCAAGACCUGUAGAUCAUCAAGAUGGCAGGACUGGCUAGCCAACAUGUCCAAAAUGCUUUGAAUGCAUCAAAUGGUUUGUAAGUGUUAAUUGUUAUAUUUUUACAGUCCAGAAUUAACGUGUGCCUCUUCUUUCAUGAGAAUUGCCUAUCAGUACUGACUUUGUCAUCCACACAGAAAUGGUACAGCACUAAAGCCAUACAGUUGCCUUCAACUAAAAGAGAAAGGUUAUCUCAUAUAUUGAAUAACACUGAGACUUUGCUGAUGAAACACCAAAUAAAGUCUGAACAGAA